AUGCGAACCACACACAGCGGGUGCGGACCUCACAACACACUCACCUCCUCUGACCUGGCAUCAGUUGACUCUGCACAUAUUCUCAUCCGUCAAGCAAGGAUGUUUGACCAGCGCCCGCUCAUUGAUCAAGCGUACUACGCUCACAUCAUCGACGCCAUCUUCUCGGCCGCCUCGCCCACGGCUCUCCUUGCAAUGCGCGUCAACCAAGAGUGGCGCCAGCUCGCAGACCGUCGUGUUGCGUACCACGUCUGCGUGACGUCGCGCCAGGUGUUCGCCGGCGGCAACGGGCGUACGAUCUACAGCCUGCGCGCGGGCGACCGCACGGUGCUGGGCUCGUUCAGCGACCUCGUGAACAUCGACGCGCCGACGAAGCGGAUGUCCAUUGCGUCUCUGCCCCCAAUCCCGCAGUACAUCGUGCACACGCGCGUGCUGGACCUGUUCAUCAACGACGUCCCGCGGGCCGUGAUGCUGAUGCUCCUCUUUGUGCGCCCCACCGUCGUGGUCCGGUGCCACGCCGCUCUGUCCGCGCUCUCGGGGACUGACACAUUGGCGACGUUCGACCGCACGGCCUGCGUGGUGCUCUUCAACGACACCAUCGUGCGCGACGUCCGCACCGACAAGCUCGUGUACCACUGCACGACGACGCAGCGCGUCGGGUGCAACGGCGACGGGACGGGCAGCUGCUGGGUGGCCAUGCGCGACAUGUUGCGUUUUGCGGGCGAGCUGGUGGUUCACUUUGACGCCGGCCGCUGGCUCCGCUCACGCCACGGGCCGCGUCCGGCCCUGCUUACGCCCAUCUGUCGCCACGUCGGGGUGCUCGGCGACCUGAUUCUGGCGGCGCACAUGCUCGGGAUCCGCACCACGGUCGUUGGGUUCGACUUUGACCCGUACAGGCCCGAGAAUCUGCCCGAGGAACUGGGGGAUCUUACCACCGCUCUCAAGCAGCUCUUCCAGACGUACAUCCAGGGCAGGGGCGAUGGAGAGCUGAGGUACCUCAGCCAGAGCGAGUAUGCCGCCGAGGUCGGCGCGGAGCAGUACCGUAUCGAGACAUUCCCGGGCCCAAUUGCAUACCCCGAGAACUAG